AAAAGCCCAUCUAUAAUCUAUUUAUAUGAAUAUUUUCUGAAAUUAAAAAAAAGUACUGUUAAUAGCUGUUUUAGUUUAAAUUCCCUUUAGACAAUAAAAGCAAUUAUUUGUAAUCUAGAAGUCAACCCACAUAAUGCAUUAAAACAGGAAAAUGAACCACAUCUGUAUGAAUGACAGGUGACCUGUGUGUCAUUUCUUGCAGUGUGCAGUGACUUGUUUCUCUUAGUCAUCGAUCCGUCCCAUAAACACGUCGAUAAUUACCGCUCGCGCUGCUGAUCGACUCCUUGUACUUUCCUUUCCUUCGUUAAACCCUCGGCGUCUCCGCGCGGAGGGAAUCCCGGCCGCUGAUUGGCCGGCGCUGGUUUUGCGACGUCAUAGAGAAUCCUCGGUAUAACUGAGCGGCGGAGCGGAUCAGAGGUUCAAACCCGGAGACCAGCACGUGUCGAGGACGGAAGGAAAUAAUAAUAUGUCAUUAGAUGAAAACACAAUGGACAGACCUCCUGUGGAGCGAUCACAGGCCGGCGAAUCCGUCAGAAAACUGACCUACAGACUGUAUCCGUCCCUGCCGAACGUAGACAGGUAUGACAUUUGUGUGGCGGACCCCUCCAGUGGAGAGAAGCCCUGCACGGCUGCAGUUCAUCGCCCCGACCCUCAGUCGGAAGCUGGCAGCGCCGACGUCAGACUGAAAGCCCAGAUUCUUAUCUUGGAGGAGCAAAGGCGAGAGCUUCUGUCGAUUAACGAGAAAUGGGCCAAAGAGUACCGAACCAUGACACAGUACUACAAAAACAAGGUUCAGAAUCUAAAAGCACUACUGCAACACGCCCACUGUGAGGAGGAGACGUGUGAAGACAGGGAAAAGAUCACAUUCAACAAGAAAGUGAAAGAUAAAGAGAGCACACAGACCAGAGAUGCUGACGUGAGCUCCGCGGUGCUAAAAGCUGAAAACGAGACGAAAGAGCUGCUCGCGCAAAACAGGAGUCUGACCCGAAAGUGGGAGCAUCAGCAGGAGGAGAUCAGACGGCUGAACAAGGCUCUAGACGAGGCACUUCAGACUGCUCGACCUCUCGAGGCGAGCAGUGAAACACUACAUGACGUCUGGAAACAUCAGGCGGAAGUCUACAAGGAAGACUUUCUGAAGGAGCGGAAGGACAGGGAGAAGCUGAAGGAGAAGUAUCUGGAGCUGGAGAAGAAGUACAGAAAGGUCCACAGUGAGCUACGUGGCCUCAAACCUCAGGUGGUUAAGACUCGGCCGCCACAGCCUGCACCUGAAUGCACCUGCACAAAUCGAGACUGGGAGGACCGCCCGGUGAACCAGAACCACAUGCAGCUACACAGACGAUAACACACCGUGAAAGACCGCCGCCUCCCCCUUCGCUGUUUGUGUGAUAAUGUAAUGUUGCACUUUAUGGAAGUCUCAGAUCGGAGCUCAUUUUUAGGACGUGUUAACAACAUCGAGGAACUGAGCUCCUCUGCAGGCUCAGCCUCAGGUCGUGAUGAGGCCGGUCCACCAGUCCACGCCCGCUAGGUGACCUGUGUGGAAGAGGCAACCACACAUAAAAAACCAAAACACUUGACGAGCCCGUGGAGGACGAGGAGAGCAGCCAAGAGUGAAAUAAAACACCCGUUGCGUGCAAAGUCUGCAGCUCUUCCUCUUUUCGACACACAAGUCCCUCGGGAGAUAUCAGUUACUGCCCAGCCCCAAACACUAUUGACACGGCUCGCACUUAUCAAAAGCAACGCAACAUGAACGAGGGAUCUUCCUGUUUUCUAGUACCUGUAAGCAGUGUGCCCACUACAAAAGGAGGAUCCGAGGGGGGAAAAAAAAGAAAAGAAAAGCAAAGCAGCACUGUAGUGUUGUUUGCUUUGACAGAAGUGGUUCCACUGUGCAUCCCAGCUGAACACUGAAACACACACAGACACACACCUGCAUCUGUCAGGAGGAAGAGAAACAACUCUGGUGGCUCUGCAGAAGUUGUUUCUGAUUUAUUAUAAAGUAGGUUGACCUCUGUGAUGCACAGAGACGAGCCAAGUGUCUGUGUUCAGUCAGUAUCAGUUCAUUUGCACCUGAAGCCUGUCAAAGAGGAAAUAUAAAGGGCUGCUGGAGCAGAAGAAAAAGUAUGUAAAUAUAUAUAACUAUAUAGUAUAUUUUACAGUGUAUUUAUGAAUGUUUGAAUGAAUCUUUUGGCACAUAUUUACCCAGUUUCUUCUUUAUUUAUCAUUAAAAUAAAGCAUUGAUAGUUCAUG